GUCGUGCGCACGCGUACGUUUGACCUUGUUUUUGUUGAUGUUUGACUGGAUUGCGGCUGCGCGCGGCGCUGUUCGUUGUCGGAUGACGCGUUUUGUCUGGAGAACGACGGACAGAGACAGAGAAAGAAGAUAGAAGGAAAGUGAGCUCGGUGCAGGGGAGGGGCAGCAGUACCCUUGUAGCUCCUCCACACGGACGAAAACCAAACAAGCCUGCCCUAAAAACGACCUAAAUCCAACGGAUCGGUGAUCGGCCACUGCAACGGAAUCGGACGGUUAUUCGAUUUAGAACCGUCCGACUCGACUCGGCUGGAUUCGAUUAGUCGCGCCGCUUCACCAGCCCAGAGGCCGCCGAAACAACCCCAUCGCCAUUAUAUGACCCACUUCCCAGCGUCGCUGCUGCCCUCCAUGUGGGUGAGGGACCUGUGCGUGUCGGGCUAUGGCGAGAAAAACAGUUAGCAGGAAAAGAAAAGCAGAGGAGCCCAAGGAACAACAGUUUGACUGGUGUCAGUCUGCAAUUAAGCGUGCCCGCGUGUCCAGCUCAGCGCGUCAUGCCCAGCCCUGGUGGCAGAGCCGGCGGUCGGUGGUGUGCUCUGUGAGAGGAAGGGAGUUCCGCCCGCAGCAGCAGCAUGAGUGGAGCUUCCAGCGGAGUCUGCGCGGAUUCGCUGCCGGACGCAUCCCAGGAAUCCUCAGAGAGAGAGAGUUCUCCCUCGGCCGCCUUAACAAGGUGUUCGCUUCCCAAUGGCUCAACCACAGGCAGGUGGUAUGCGGGACCAAAUGCAACACGCUAUUUGUGGUGGACGUCCUCUCGGGACAGAUAACCAGGAUACCCAUGCUGAAAGACAGAGAGGGAAGGGCAGAGGUUUCCCAGGGUUUGAGUGGAGUGGGAGGCAAUUUCCACUUCCACAAUCCAGGAUCAGUCGGCGGUCUAGAUGUCCAGCAGGGAUGUGGCAUCCACGCCAUUGAGCUGAACCCCUCUCGUACAUUGUUGGCCACUGGAGGAGACAACCCCAACAGCCUGGCAGUGUACAGACUUCCCACUCUUGACCCUGUCUGCGUCGGGGAUGAUGGACACAAUGACUGGAUAUUCUCCAUUGCGUGGAUCAGUGACACCAUGGCAGUCUCAGGAUCUCGUGAUGGUUCCAUGGGUCUGUGGGAGAUAUCAGAGGAGGUGCUGACUCAGGCCGAGAAGUGUCAGAAUGUGGAAGGUGUUCCUUGUUACUCCCACAUCUCUCACCGUGCUCUCAAGGACAUCCCGAAAGAGUACACCCACCCCUACAACUGCAAAGUGCGCGCACUGGCCUUCAACAACAGCCAUAAGGAGUUGGGUGCUGUUUCUUUAGAUGGAUAUUUCCAUCUGUGGAAGGCAGAAGACAACCUGUAUAAGGAGCUUUCUACCAAACUCCCUUACUGUAAGGAGAAUGUGUGUCUGGCAUACGGUAUGGACUGGUCUGUUUAUGCAGUCGGCUCUCAGGCACACGUUUCUUUCCUUGACCCCCGGCAGUCAUCUCAGAACAUCAAAUCCGUGAGCUCCAGGGAGCGUGGCAGUGGUAUUCGCUCUGUGAGCUUCUAUGAACACAUAGUGACGGUAGGCACUGGCCAAGGUUCCCUGCUCUUCUACGAUAUCAGGGCCCAGCGUUUUCUGGAUGGCCCAUCCAGCUCACCCGGCGGGUACCGGAAUCGCACAGCAGAGGGCAUCCUGAAACUCAGCACAGGGAGAGGAUGGCUGAAUCACGACGAAACAUGGAGAAGCUACUUUUCCGACGUCCGCUCCUUCCCGAACGCCGUAUACACACACUGCUACGAUGACUCCGGCACCAAACUCUUCGUGGCCGGCGGCCCCCUGUGUUCUGGCCUACACGGAAACUACGCUGGCCUCUGGAGCUAGCCUACAUCAUCCCUCCAUUUCGCUCUCACGUACCAUGUGCUUACAGGCCAUCUUCCAUUUUUCUCCUCACUCUUUUUCACUUCCGGUUUAGCUUCUAUACAAGAUUAUCCUCUAUUUCUCAAAGGACCCAGGAGCAUAGAUGUGAUUCUCAACCGUUUUUGUGCUUGGUCUUAUGUCUUUCAAUUUUCAUUUGCCUGUUGUACUCCUGAAUUUACAUGUGUUUUUUUUGUGUGUGUGUGGAGGAAAAAAGGCAAAGAAAA